AUGGCGGGAGGCGCCAUGAUGGAGGCGGCGCGGGACCCUGGGGGCGCCUCGGUGCCGGUGGCGGUGCCGGUGGGGCCCGGGCCCAGCCUGCCCGGCGUCCUGCACUUCAUCCAGCAGGAGUGGGGCCGCUUCGAGGCCGAGCGGAGCCGCUGGGAGGCGGAGCGCGCCGAGCUCCAGGCGCAGGUGGUGGCUCUGCAGGGCGAGUGCCGGGGCGGGCAGCGCUCCCGCUCCGAGCUGCUCCGGCGCCUGCGGAUGCUGGAGGCGGCGCUAGCCCUGGAGAGGGCCAAGUGCCACAAGCUGCGACCCGACGCAGACCUUGCCACGCCGGAGCGGGCGGAAGCGGCAGCGGGAGCUGCUCCGGACGGGCCAGCAAAGGCGGGAGCUGCAGCCUGGCCGGAGGGUCGGCACCUCCUGCGGCAGUACCUGCGGGAUGCCGGUGGCUCCAGCGCCGGCUCUGACCGGCGUUCCCGGCGCCUGCGCUCCCUGCUGGCCAGCGGCGCCGAGGAGCCGGGAUCUCCUCCUGCCGGAGCCUCCGGAGCCUCCCUGCUUGUGCAGCGCAUCGAGGAGCAGAUCCAGAGGAAUGCGGGGCGGGAGCUCCCGGAGCGUGCGGGCGCCRCAUUCCCGGCUCCCGGCGCCGAGGACGAGGACAGCGACGAGGACGAGGACGCGGAGGCCGCGGGCGGCUCCCGGCCUGCCAAGAAGCAGCGCGGAAAGCCCGGCGAGGACGAGGAUGAGGCCGAUGAUGCCGAUUCCGAGGAUGCGCUCGGAGAGUUUGACUUCGUGGGAGCCGGGAGCCGGGGAAGCCGCGACAACGCUCCGGGAUCCUGGAGCAGCACCGCUCGUGCUCCAGAGCCGGAUGCGGGAACAGAGCGUCCCGGAGCCGCAUCCCGACCUGGAGCCGCAUCCCGACCUGGAGCCGCAUCCCAAGCUGCUUCCCAAUCUGGACCCGUGUCCCAAUCCAGAUACCUGAUCCGGAGCAGCAUCCCGAACUGUGUCCCGGUGCGGAUACCUGAUCCGGACACCUGACCUGGAUUCUUGUCCCAAUGCACGCUUGGAUCCGGAUCUGCAUCCUGAUGUCGCAAUCCGGAUUCGCCUCCCCGUUUGACUGCCCCAUCCAGAUCCCAAAUUCCGAUCCUCGUUGCCCAUUCCAUUCCAUGUCCUGGUUCAUGUCCUGAUCCACAUCUGCGUCCCAAUUUGUGUCUGCCUCUGGAUCUACAUCCCUUAUUCCUGCUCCACAUCCUAAUCCAUGCUCCAAUCUGGAUCCAAGUCCCCAGUCUGCACCCUGACCCCUCUGUCCACCCAGAUCCAGGUCCCAGUCUGGAUUUGCAUCCCGGAUCCAGGUCUCGAUUUGGAUCCAUGUCUUCCAUCCCAAUCCCACCCGGAUCCAGGUCCAGAUUCUCAUCCGGGUCUGGAUCUGUGUCCCAACUCACAUCCCCAUCUGGGAACGCAUCUUGAUCCCGAUCCGUGCCCGGAUCCGCAUCCCACACCCCAAUCCACGUCCCGG